UCUCCUGUAUUUAGCUACAGUGUAAGACAAUUGGCAGAAAUAUCGCUGUCCAACAUGGUUCCAAUGCUUAUGCUUAGGGUGACAUUGGUCUUAAUGGUUAUAUUGACUGAACUGUAUGCAAAAGAGAACACACAUGACUUCAUCAGUAAAUACAACAAAUACAACACCGUUUGUCGAGGAAUGGGAUACGAAAAAAAAAGUUGCAAAGGAAAAUACCAUGGAGUCAUUGCUUUCCAUGCUCGAACUUCGACCGCUCUUCAAAAUCUCGGUAGCUAUGCUGUAGUUGUAUUUGGGAAGGUAACUCUAAACUCUGGGUCCGCCUACAACGGUAACACAGGGAUAUUCACAGCACCAACAGAUGGUAUCUACUCCUUCACAUGGACUAUUUUGACGUCGCCUGGGUCAAAUUUUUUCACCGAAAUUGUCAUGAAUGGAAAUAUAGUUGGUUAUGAUUAUGCUAACGGUAAAUCUGGCGGUUCUCACCACGAAUCUUCCUCAACAACAGCAGUGAUUAGAAUGAAGAAGAAAGAGAGGGUCUGGAUAAGAACACAUGGUAAGGAGGGAAGAUAUGCAUACGCAGCCUGGUCGUCAUUCUCCGGGUUUCGAUUGUAAACAUAAAUAUGUAUGGGGAAAAUAAAGGAAUCACAUAUUU